AUGCAUUCGGGCUCCAACAGGGAUUACUACUAUCCCGAUGAACGGGACUACUACCACGACUCACGAGACCCAAGAGAGACACGAUACUUAAGAGAUCCCAGAGAUUCAAGAGACUCGCUCGCACUCAGCGACCGUCACAGCCACGGCCACAGUCACAGCGACCACCGCAGCCGCAGCUCACACAGCCACGGCGACCACAAAAGCACACACCACAAGAAAAGCAGCAGGGAACGCGAUCCCCACCAUGAUCUCCAUCUGGCCGAGGGAGCGGUAGUAGCCGCGGCCGUCGCCGAGGCCAUCCACCAUCACCGGAAAAAGGGAGGCGAGGACGUGAGCUCUGGGUUCGGCCAUAUUGCUCGAACCGUGGGCGCUGGUGCGCUUGGAGCCGUUGCUGCCAAUGAACUCGAGAGAGCGCGGGAUUCGCAUCGCAAUAAGAGUCCGCGCGAGUCGAGUGGACAUCAUCGGCACCAUGGGCAUAACCAUGACCAGGACCACGGGUAUUAUAGGAGAUAA